AUGGCGCAAAACGCCGUUGGAAGGCUCUUUCGCUGCCAAAGCUGUUUCCGCCAGCCGUUGACUUCAUUCACUCAGACUCGGAAUUACGCCCACGAUGCCAUUCCCAAGUUCUCCCCUACGUCCUCUCCGGAACUGGAUCAGAUGCUGAAUCGGUUCCGCGAAGAGCUUUUCAUUCCUUUCGGUCUUGGACAGCAGCAGAGGAGAUUGAUGUUUCGACAGAAAUAUGCGGACAAACUUGAAGAAGAGCCUGUGACGGUUACGAUUGGAGAAGAUGAAAAAUUUCAGCUUCGACCCAUGGACCCGCAAACGCGGCCUAGGAAGGAGGAAAUUGUGCCGAUCGUGAAGUUGAUGAAAACAACCAAGGACUGGCAAAACAUUAUACCAUUCCUGAGUGCACUGCGAAUGUCGCGGCGGUAUCUUAAGCCGAGUCGCUUGGAGUGGCUGGUGCGAAAGGCAGGAGACGCGAACGCUCUCGGAAUAAUCCUCGAAUGCGCGAAGCAGUCCGAGCGGACGGGAAUUUUUUUCAACGAAGCUGACCUGGCAAAAAGAUUCUUCUUCGAGCUUCACGAAAAGGCACAAAUGGCAGACUUCCGUGGAGAAGCUACCAGCAAGGCCCUCGGCCUCGCCCGACAAGCUGUGUUGCUGAUGGAAGCCCCUGAGCACAGCAACAAGGACAUCCAGCGGGAUCCAAAACGCCAGCCAUUCAUUAUCGGCGUUCUAUUGGAACUCAGCGCUGCUCGUGCACUUAAUGAAUUCGGGGGCAACGAUGAGGGUGGUCAUGUUCGCGCUUACGCUGAGCGACUGUUGGCAACCUGGCAGUUUGGUUCAUUCGACGGAGAGGCCCAGAAAUGGGCUGACAUUGACCACCUGUUGCAAGUGAAUGUUCCCGUUUGGAACGGAAUAAAGCUAGCGCUUCAGGUCCAUGGUAUUGCAGGCAACAAAGCUCUUGCUACGUCCCUGAAGGCUCGUCUGGACGAGCUGAGCAACCUCAUCGCUAAGCAGCAGAGUCAGGCCCCGGAGAAGGUCCAGCAGCAGCCAUCGAUGGGUUAUAAGCAGGCCCAGCUCUUGUUUAAAAAAUAG